UUCUCACAUCCCUAACGCGCCUCGAACUAUGGACGACGAUGCUGACCUGCGGGAUGUCGUGAAGAAAGCCCUCGAAGGCAAGGGAGUGCUGGCGCAAAUCCGGGCAUCGCUGCGGGCCGCUGUGUUUACUGUGGUUGAUGAGCACGAGCGCACGGCAGGCGUGCACGUGCCCAAUCCUGCUGCCCUGGUCGUGAAGCAUGAUACUGUUGGCCGCUUGGCGCUGCAAGUCGUGGCCGAUUUUUUGGAGCACUGGGAGCUGCACCAGACCCUUUCCGUCCUCAAGCUGGAGACAGACAUGGCGACAGAGGACUUCUUGUCGACAGAGGAGCUCGGGUCUAUCGUGGCGAAUGGUGCCGCGGUGGGAAAGGGCGAGACAAAGACGCCUGAUGGAAAACCCUCGCCGGUGAUGCUCCAGCUGCUAGCGGCGUGUCGCGCAGCACCUCGAGACAGAGAAAACGGGCUUCCUCUAGGGGCCGCCGCCGCCGACCGGAGUGAGAGGUUGAUCGGCGAGGACAAGGGGCGGAAGGAGGAAGAGGGCAGGCAGGAAGCGGAAGAAGGAGAAGAAGACGGCGGACGGCGGGGCACCACGUGGAGAGGGGUGGGCGUGGAAGGGGACGGCGUGCCGCCAAGAGUGACGCUGAGGAAACGAAGAGGAGACCACGGUGGAACCAGUGGCACCAGCGUUAGCGGCAUGGGCAACGGCAGCGGAGGAGAAGACGCCAACGAACCGGCCUGGAGCGUUCCGUCUGAACCAGUGUCGUCGGCGACGGCAGGAGAAAGAGAAGGCGACCGGCAGAGCCGGGAGCGGGAGAACGACGGCGACGCCGAGGAGAGCCGGUUUGGCGGGCUGCUACUACGCGAACAACCUACAGCUGCCGAUGACAUCUACCGCGGGGAAGACAAAUCAGGGGGACAGGACAGGUGGGAGCACCACUUUGACGGGAGAAUGGACGAGAGCUCGUACGACUUCUCGGAGAAUGUUGAGUCUGUCAAGGGGGCUGGUGAGGAUCCGAUGGUAGCAGCCGCCGCCUCUGGCGUGGACGGGGGCGGGGGCGACGGCGAAUCGAUCUCGGCGGCGGCUGCGGCGGCUGCGGGGGGGGGGGCUGUGACAUCUGAGAACGCGGCACUAGUGGAACAAGCAGGGGUGUACGACCGCUCUUGCGAAGGCAAGGAGGACGACGGGCCUCGCCGAGAGGAAGGCGAUCGAUUUUCUAAGCACGCUGGUGCUAACAACUCGUACGGCGGCGGCGGCGGCGGCGGUGUGUUGAGAAAUGGCAAUGGAGACAGCCUGGCCGGUUUUGGUGGUUCGAGCGACAACGGCGGCGGCGUCGAGAAGGAGCCUCGGAGCAGUGUGGACGGGGGCGUGGCGAGCGGCGUUGACGAGUGGAACGAGGACUACUACGAGGAUGAUGACUUCGAUGGUGACGGCGAGGAGGACAUCGAUAACGAUGACGGUGAUAUUAGUGCCGCCGAUGUAGCAGCCAAGGUAGCUGCAAAUGCCGGCGAUGGAGAAGUGGAGGAUGAGGCGCUGCUGGCGGAGGGGGGUGGCACGCACCAGGACGGCUUCUUUGAUCCGGAGGGCUCGCGGGGUAGGGUCAGCGCGGAGCAAGAGGAGCGAAUCGCGGACCUGGAGUGGGAGGCGAGAGUCGGCCUAUCUGCUGACAGCAGCGUGUCGGCGAGCCCGAUGGAGGAAGACGGCAUGGACGGCCCGGCGUACGAGAUCGUGGACGCGCAGAGCAUUUAGGAGCGGGGGGUGUUUGUGUGUGUGUGUUUAUUUGGUGUAAAGCGAUGAGAUGAUGUAGGCGUAUGGAGUAAAACUCGAAGCGACUAGAAUUGAGGCAACUGGUGAUACCUUGCUGUUGAGAGGCUGCUUUGGGUCGUGUGUGUUUUCGGUGGCUUUUGUAUGGUGGUUUUGUCUGGAGUGUUGUGUUGCGGCGUGCGCGUGUUGUGUGUGGCGUACAAGUGGAACAGCUUUUUCCGAAUUUUUUGUUUUGUUCUUGGACGAGUGAUAAGGUGUUGAACGCUUACUUGGGCCGAAUAGUUGUCGCUCUCCUAGGUUGGAUGGAUCGGACCUUUGUCCUUUUUCAAGGGUCUCGUACAGAGCUUUUUUUUAUUUCCGUUCACUCACCCCUUACAGAAAGCAGUUCGGUAAAUUAGCCUCUGAUCUUCGACUUGUUUCUUUGAUGCAGGGGAUUGCUCGUCGAGCCAAGGAAGACGUAUACGUGUAUUUAUCUCUCAAGAUGAAUGAAGGGUUGUGAAAGCCAAAUUGGAAGGUGCGAACAUUACACACGUGGAUAGACGUGGGUUGCAUGCUCUCUUCUCUCUUUGGAGUUUUGGAAAGUAUUUUGUUGAAAGGAGGAUGUCGCAACGAAUCAGCGCGACUUUUAAUUAAGGUGGGAAUGACAUAUUCGAGCUACGGGACAACAUCGCAAGGAAUCAGCGCAGUUCUCACCACGAAUAGGAUUGUACGUUCGGGCUA